AUGUCUCGGUUUCUGACGUGUGACGAUUCGCGUUCGCGGAUCAAUAAUAAGAAACCCCGCAUGGGCAAAGAAAUUACACCAAUGACCCCGGACCUGAUGAUGAGCGAAUACUUGGCCAUGAGGCUCGGCGUGAAGUGUACUGAUGACGUUGCAUUGCUGAUUAAUAAUAGCGGACUGGAGGGUGGUGUUGGUGGUGGUGGUAGUGACGCGGACUUGGCUCACGAGGGGGCGCUGAUGAACCCGGCUGGAGAGCGAGUGAGUCAUCAUCAUCAUCAUCACUUCAAGAGUCUGUCGUACUCUUGCGCCAGCAGCGAAGAUGACGGUGUCACAAGCAGCGACUGUGGCCACACGGACCAGAGUCGGGAUGACUCGGAUGAUGACGACAGCGACACCGACAAGUCGGUUCCCCAGUGUCGGUCGGUGCUGGGACGGAACAACAAGAAGCCUCGCCUGCACACCGGCAGAGGCGCCGCGAAGAACUUGGCCAUAACAGAAUUAGCAUCCAUUAAGGGCAGCGGAGAUUUGAGAGGCCUGCGCGCAGAUACAGACUCGUAUUUGCACACGGUUUCACCAGCGUCACGUGGCGGCGUUGGUGGCGGCCAAUGCCAACACGUGUUCCAUGGCAGACCCUCGCCGCCGGGUUCCCCACUGGGCCAGCGGCAGCCACCAUCCCGUGCCCUGCUGUCCCGGGUCCCAGUGGGGCUGGGACACAGGCCAUCACCGACGUCCGGCACGUCGCUGGACUCCACGUCCGCCGCCGCGGCGGCGGCCACCGUUCAAGCUGCAAUGGCGGCUCUCCAAGCUGGUCCUCUUUCCAUCAACCGGUUGAUUAGCUUGAUGGCACAGCAAGGAGCUACAUCAAGACAAUUCCUCACGCAAAAAAACUCCUUGGUUUCUGCUGCUCAUCACUUGCAACAUGAGCAAGAGCAAAAGCUCAGUUCCGGAGGCCGAUCCGUGUCAGUGUCUCCACCAAGAACCCAAACCCCUAACCCGCGGAGUUGGGCCGGCAACCCCGGAGACCCCUUGUCCCCAUCAUUGCCGCAACCCGGUUCCCCUGAAAUACAGAUGCUCCAGGGAACCAUACAACAGCACAAGCAAAUGCUGCAACAGCAAUUGCAGCAGUUCAUGUUUUUCCAACCCGGUGCACAAGCUCAGUUUUUCCUACAGAACCAGGGGGUGCACUACUACCUGCGGUUCGUGUCCGGUCAGCCGCCGGUCGGUCAAUUGACGGUCGCGCAUCUGCCGGUCGUCAAGCGCCGGUCGGUCCAACCGCCAGCCAGGGCAGUUCUUGGCCUCCCCAAUCCCCAGCCCACCAAACUGCGGUUUGGUCACCCAAUUGUCGGGGCACCCAAACAAUCGGAAAGAAUCAGCAUGAUUCUUCUCACCAAAUUGUUCCAGUGCCCCAACAAUUGGGUGACCAAACCGCGGUUUGGUGGACUGGGGAUUGGCGAGGCCAAGAACUGCCCUGGCUGGCGGUUGGACCGACCGGCGCUUGACGACCGGCAGAUGCGCGACCGUCAAUUGACCGACUGGCGGAUGACCCGGUACCCCUGCGGGUUCACUCAGGGAGACGUUCCUAAUCGGUACCCCUUCAACAUGCCCUUGCUGAAAAGGGUCUGCUGGUAUAGUGCGAAGCUUCGGGACUUAGACAGGAAGUUUUUGUACACGUUCGACUUCGGCACCAACCUGUUCACCGACGCUCACGCCGACGAUUCAGACAUCACCAAUCCGUCGUGUCUGGUGAACAACCCGCAAACGACGCCCGAGGCCAUGAUUGCUGGGCGGCGACGGAAGAAGCGGACGUCCAUCGAAACGACGGCCAGAGUGGCGCUGGAGAAGGCGUUCUUGAAGAACGCGAAACCCACUUCGAAAGAGAUCUCAGUGUUGGCAGAGAGGAUGGCGAUGGGGAAGGAAGUGGUCAGGGUGUGGUUCUGCAAUAGUGUCGUCUCGUGCAACCGCCGUAGUGACCGCAGGGACCGGCGGAGGGCGGGCGGACAGCCGCAGUUCACGUCCCCACAACUGCCGUCGCCAUUGUGCCUGGUCACCUCGCAAAACUCUUCCCUGUCGUCAUUUGCCAACGACGACAACCAGCAGGGCUCCAACAGCAACAGCAACGGUCGCAGUGGCCCAACUCACCUGUCACCCAUCAUGGAAACCCUGAUGGGGUCUCAUCAUCGCCUACCCACUGCAUCUCAUUCUUGUUUGGGUAGUCUUAGACAAAUAGUAGUUCAGUCUCGACCACUUCGUCCUUAUGCACCUCACUGCGAGAGACACCUCACAACUAAGAACUACACGGGUACCAACAGAUUUCCGCCGCAUAUUCCGCACCACCGGGGCCGGAAAGGUUUAUGCAGUUGUCACACCGGAGCCUGGGGUCCGGAAUCACACAUGGGCCCGGGAUAUGCGGGUACGCGACCCGGAAUGCCACCCGGAAUGAAAAAAUCCGGAGGCGCAGGCCACGUUUCAGGGUUUGCGAAGCACUGUAUCACUUGCCGCGAGGCGCGAUCGUCGUCUUCCUUGGGAAACAGGAGUGACUCGGCGCGAUACGCACGUGACGCGACGUUAUGGCACAACUUCUACUCAGAGCCGCUGCUUCCAGGGCUAUUGCUUCCACGCCACCCUUACGAGCGCCAGUCUCUCCCAGAGCCACCGGUGGCUUCCAACUCCAAU